AUGCACUUGCAGGAGCUCCUGUGUGCCCUCGUCCUCGCCCAGUCCCAGUUUGUCGAGUGGGGGCCUCCUCACGGCUACAAGCCGGAAGGCUGCUGCGCCACCAAGCGCUCGUACGGCAUCUACGAGGAGAAGUGGCAAAAGACCGAGUUCGAGUGCCGCCGCCUGUGCGAGCAGACCCCUAAAUGCCAAGCGUACGAGCACUCGGCGAUCAAAAUCCGCGCGCUGGCCCACGCACCUAUCGCUCGCUGCGAGCUGCAUUCGGAGCCCAUCGACCACACCGUGCCAUGUGCUACGGCAGGCUUCCACUUCCCGGUUUGCUACGUCAAGCUGACGGCGACUAGGCCCAUUCUUCCACCCGCUCCUUCGCCCCUCGCCUCGCCAGCCCCGCCGCCGCGGUUCCGCUCGGCGGUGGCCGCGCUGCGGGCCUAUCCGGAUCAGCUGUCGGCGGCCAAGAUGGACGCGUGGAGGGCUGAGGCUGUCCUGGCCAAGGCGGAAGAUGCGCUUAAAGCGGCGCCCGCGGGCGAUCCCGCGGCGGUCGAGCAGGCCAAGGUGGCGGUGGUGUUUGCGGAGUCCGCAGAGGCUGCGGCGGCGCAGGCGGCGAAGGACUUGGAAGGGCAGAUCACGGCCUUGGCCGUGGCGGCGCUAGAGGAGACUGCGAGCGCGUCAGCGCCGACCCUGCUGCAGCUCAACCUCCCGACGUCGAUCGUCCUCACGCACCGUGGCGCGAUCGGGGCGCUGCAGGCUGCAGAGAUCGAGCUCGCUCGCGCGCUCACCUCCAAGGCGCUCGCCACCGCCAUGGAGAGGUCCGCAGACGUGGCGAAGAGAGCUGCCGAGACCCGGCUGCAGUCAGCCGCGCCCGCGGAGGUGCCUUCCCUCACAAAAGCGGUGGCGGAGGCGGUGGCGCACGAGGAGGCGGUCAAGGGUCUCAAGGCUUCCGCGGAGAGUGCCCUCAAGGCGGCCGAGGCGAAGAUCGAAGUGGCGAGUCCGGCGGCGCACUCCGCUAUGGUUGAGGCAAUCAUGCCUCCCUCGCCGCCGCCGCCCGCGCUGCCACAGCCGGAGCCGCCGCCACCGCCGCCGCCGCUGCCGCUGCCACCGCCGCCGCCGCCGCUGCCCCCGUCGACGCCCCCCCCGCCCUCGCCCUCCCCUCCACCCUCGCCACCGUCGCCGCCCGCCGAGCCGCCGCUGCCGCCACAGCCGGAGCCGCCGCCGCAGCUGCCGCUGCCGCCGGCAGCGCCAUGGUGCUCAUCCGCGUCUUGCAUCGCCUACUACCGGGCGCUUCGCGCCGCCCAGGUCGCGAAUUACGGUCCACCUACCCAACGAUUGCCUACGCGAGGGCCACCACCAUAA